CUAAGGAGUUUCGUGCUGGUUUAAUUAGUUUCCUUUAUUGUCCUGCUGUGGGGAUUAACAUUUCUUGGGUCAGCCGGGGAGAGAGUCACUUGAUUAUGUUUUAAGCGAGAGAAACAAGCAGGACUUCCAUUUCUCAACUACGACAUUGAGGAGCCGAGAUUGGGGUCGACUCCUUUAGCCAUGUUGGCUGCGACGUGUAACAAAAUCGGGAGUCAGAGUCCUUCUCCUUCCUCUAUUUCGGAUAACUCCUCUUCGUUCGGAAAAGGAUUCCACCCGUGGAAACGAGCGACAGCCAGCAGCUGUAGUUUGGGAUCCAGUUUGUCCUCUUUCGCUCGGAAUGGUGGUGGUUUAAGCGACUCUUUUGGCACGAACACUUCAACAGGAUCCAGUGCUUUUUCCUUAACUUCUGGUACUUCAUCCAACUGCCAUUUCGGAAACGACUACUCCGUUUUCCAGGCGUCGGUUUCCAACAACUCCCAAGAGCCCAGCCACCAGCCCAUGUUUAUUUCCAAGGUGCACACGUCCGUGGACAGUUUGCAAAGCAUUUACCCGAGAAUGAGCGUGGCGCAUCCCUACGAAUCGUGGUUCAAGUCCUCGCACCCUGGCAUAACCACCGGGGAUGUGGGCACCACGGGCGCAUCCGCGUGGUGGGACGUGGGAGCCGGUUGGAUUGACGUGCAGAACCCGAACGGAGCCGCGCUCCAGACGUCCCUUCACUCCGGUGGGCUGCAGACUUCUUUACACUCUCCUUUGGGGGGAUACAACUCAGAUUACUCGAGUUUAAGCCACUCUGCCUUCAGUACCAGUGCGUCCCCGCAUCUCCUGACCACCGGUCAGCAUCUCAUGGACGGAUUCAAACCCGUGCUCUCUUCGUACCCGGACUCCAGUCCCUCUCCCCUGGGUGGAGCGGGAGGUUCCAUGUUGACAGGGGGUCCGACGGCCUCGUUGGCCGGGUCUCCGCGGUCCUCAGCGCGGCGCUACUCGGGCAGAGCGACGUGCGACUGCCCGAACUGUCAAGAGGCGGAAAGACUGGGUCCAGCUGGCGCGAGCCUCCGCAGAAAAGGGCUACACAGCUGUCACAUUCCCGGGUGUGGGAAAGUGUACGGAAAAACGUCGCACCUCAAGGCGCAUUUGAGGUGGCACACCGGAGAGAGGCCGUUUGUGUGUAACUGGUUGUUUUGUGGGAAGAGGUUCACGCGCUCCGACGAGCUCCAGCGACAUUUGCGCACGCACACCGGCGAGAAGCGCUUCGCUUGUCCCGUGUGUAACAAGAGGUUCAUGCGGAGCGACCACCUCAGUAAACACGUCAAAACGCACAGUGCCGGAGGAUCGUCAGGGUCGGGCUCUGGGGCGAGUGGAGGAAAACGAGGGAGUGACACCGACAGCGAGCACAGUGUGCCCGGUAGCCCCUCGUGCCACUCACCUGACUUGUUGCAACCUUCCGAGUCUGUCCCGACGACGGGCUUGAAUGGCAGUGCAAACUCCCUCGAUUAAUCCCAUUCUAAAUGCACGUACACGAAUCUCGAAUGGACUAGAAACUUAUCUGACGGUUCACAAAAAGGUUGUGCUCGAUCGGUAACACUUUAUAAAAACUUUCUAUAACUCCAGUUGUUAUCUAACACUAUCAGAUAGCUUGUUACUGCCCAUUCAAUUCUGAAAAUCCUAAAGGAAACAAUAUAAACCAAAGUUUGGUUUCUUUUUAGCUAUUCGAAUGUACAUUAACUAGUUUUCUGUUAAGCUUAAUACUAUUUGUUAAGUUAAAAAUGAAAGUUAUUAUAAAGUGUCACCUGGUGGAAUAACUGUGUGGGCAUUUCACUUGGAUGUUGUUAAGUGAUUCAAUUUACGAUUAAAAUGUAAUUUACUAGCCUGUUUUGGUCUGCACAAAUUCUGUGUGACAUGAGUUUGGUAAAAAAUAAGGGAAUAUUAAAAAUGAAAUAAUUUGAUUUGUGCAUUCUGAUGGGUAUUUGUCAGAUAGUCUUAUUUUACUUACUGUUGCUAUGAAACAGAAAUAUAUAUAU